UGACGGAUGCUCAAAAGUUCAGAAGUUUUCCCAAUGCUUCCUUAAGCGGCCGGCGCGCGAGAGGCUGAAAAAAAGGUGACGCGGGGCCCGGGAAGGCGGCCGGCGCGCUGCCCACCGCCUGCCCCCCCCCCCCGCCCCUGGUUAUUUGGCCGCCUGCGCCGGCGGCUCCGGGCAGAGUCUCCAGCAAGGCACAGGCAGAGUGGCGAGAAGGGCGCCGGCUUGGUUUUGAUUUGGGGCUCCCCCACCCCAAUUCUCGUCUGGAAGUUGCUCCGCCAGUUCCUCCAAGGCCUUUUGCCGCGUCCUCGUCCUGCCCUCUCCCCCGAGCACCCACCCGCCUGCGCGGCCCGCACGGGCCCCGAAGUGGCCGGAGGCGCCCAGAAGCCCGAGCGAGCGAGCGAGCGAGCGCAGGCAGAGGCCGCGCGCGGCCGGCGGCUCCAGAAGGAGGCGGCGGCCCGGCACCAGCUCGGCGGGGCCCGGACUCGGACUCGGACUCGGACUCGGCGGCCCGCGCGGCGCGGCCGGCCGAAGUGAGGGUGGGGGGCGGCGGGCGGCGCGGGGCGGCGGCGGCGGCGAUCGGGGGCCAUGCAGGCGCGCUACUCCGUGUCCAGCCCCAACUCCCUGGGAGUGGUGCCCUACCUCGGCGGCGAGCAGAGCUACUACCGCGCGGCGGCCGCGGCUGCCGGGGGCGGCUACACCGCCAUGCCGGCCCCCAUGAGCGUGUACUCGCACCCUGCGCACGCCGAGCAGUACCCGGGCGGCAUGGCCCGCGCCUACGGGCCCUAUACGCCCCAGCCGCAGCCCAAGGACAUGGUGAAGCCGCCUUACAGCUACAUCGCGCUCAUCACCAUGGCCAUCCAGAACGCCCCGGACAAGAAGAUCACCCUCAAUGGCAUCUACCAGUUCAUCAUGGACCGCUUCCCCUUCUACCGGGACAAUAAGCAGGGCUGGCAGAACAGCAUUCGCCACAACCUCUCGCUCAACGAAUGCUUCGUCAAGGUGCCCCGCGACGACAAGAAGCCGGGCAAGGGCAGCUACUGGACGCUGGACCCGGACUCGUACAACAUGUUCGAGAACGGCAGCUUCCUGCGGCGGCGGCGGCGCUUCAAGAAGAAAGACGCGGUGAAGGACAAGGAGGAGAAGGACCGGCUGCACCUCAAAGAGCCGCCGCCCCCGCCGCCGCCGCCGCCGCCGGCCGGCCGCCAGCCGCAGCCUCCGGAGCAGGCGGACGGCGCCGCCCCGGGACCGCAGCCGCAGCCCGUGCGCAUCCAGGACAUCAAAACCGAGAACGGUACGUGCCCCUCGCCGCCCCAGCCCCUGUCCCCGGCCGCCGCCCUGGGCAGCGGCAGCAGCGCCGCCGCCGUGCCCAAAAUCGAAAGCCCCGACAGCAGCAGCAGCAGCCUGUCGAGCGGGAGCAGCCCCCCGGGCAGCCUGCCCUCCGGGCGGCCGCUAAGCCUAGACGGCGCCGAACCCGCGCCGCCGCCGCAGCCGCCCGCGCAGCCCGCGCAGCCCCAGCACCACAGCCAGGGCUUCAGCGUGGACAACAUCAUGACGUCUCUGCGGGGCUCGCCCCAGAGCGCGGCGGCCGAGCUAGGCUCGGGCUUGCUGGCCUCGACGGCCGGGGCCUCGCGCGGCGGCAUCGCGCCCCCGCUGGCGCUGGGCGCCUACUCGCCGGGCCAGAGCUCCCUCUACAGCUCCCCCUGCAGCCAGAGCUCCGGCGCGGGCAGCUCGGGCGGGGGCGGCGGCGGCGGCGGCGGCGGGGGCGGCGCGGGGGGCGCGGGGACCUACCACUGCAACCUGCAGGCCAUGAGCCUGUACGCGGCGGGCGAGCGCGGCGGCCACCUGCAGGGCGCACCCGGGGGCGCCAGCGGCUCGUCGGUCGACGACCCCCUGCCUGACUACUCGCUGCCCCCGGUCACCAGCAGCAGCUCGUCGUCCCUGAGUCACGGCGGCGGCGGCCAGGAGGCGGGCCACCACCCCUCGGCCCACCAAGGCCGCCUGACCUCGUGGUACCUGAACCAGGCGGGCGGAGACCUGGGCCACUUGGCCAGCGCGGCGGCGGCGGCGGCGGCGGCCGGCUAUCCGGGCCAGCAGCAGAACUUCCACUCGGUGCGGGAGAUGUUCGAGUCGCAGCGGAUCGGCUUGAACAACUCCCCGGUGAACGGGAAUAGUAGCUGUCAGAUGGCCUUCCCUUCCAGCCAGUCUCUGUACCGCACGUCCGGAGCUUUCGUCUACGACUGCAGCAAGUUCUGACACCGCCCCCCCCCCCACAGUCCCCUUUAAACGCCCCCUGAAAGGCGAACUGAAUCGAACCCCAAAGCAGGAACAACCCGAAGAACCACCAAUGCAAAAUCGAAACCAAAA